AUGGCGACAAAUCGACCGGAUCUCGACAUGCUUCCUCACUAUGUCGAUCCGCUAGUGGAACCGUUCAUAUUGCACGUCUUCGAGCCCGGAUUCCGAAUGGUCGGCCAGUUUGCGUUCAUGUACUGCGGCUACAAAUGGUAAGCAAAUCUUCCCACAGAAAUCUCACAUUUAACUCGAACCGGGCUCAUUUUGAAGAACAGAAUAAAAGGGAACUUUCAUCAAAAAAGCGCACAGCUCGAUUUGUGGAGAUACAUUGAACUAGUCGCGUGCACUCUUUAUCAGUUUUCAGGACGGUGCAGGCAUUCAUGACCGAAAAAGAUAAACGGUUCGGCAUCGAUAUCGAGUUGAGAGUCAGCGAGAUUCCGCCGGGCGAGCACAUCUACGCCGUCUUCGCAUUCCAGCAGCUGGGCAACGAGAAGCAUCAGUUCGAGUUCGAGUUUGACAACGAUCGGGGAUGCUAUUACUAUCGACGAGCGCUCACGUAAGACAUCAGAUUAUUCCAGCAAACAUAGUUUGGUUUCAGAAUACCAAAAGUGACGAAUCAAGAGGGAAUCGUGGGCUGUCACUACUCGCACUAUCGAUUUUUGCGCAGACGAGAAGACGACGAGACGCAUGAGCUCAGCGAGGAACAGUGUUUGGAGUGGAAGCCCGAAAUACCGCCGAUGAGCGAAUUGGAGGAGGGCGGAGCCACGCUCAUCGAUUGCAAUGAGAACUUUAUGGAGAACAUCAAACAAAAGUGAGCAUAGUUGGCGCCGGACAACAUUUUUGUGCAAGUUGGGGAUGCGAAUUGUAGAUCUCGAUGAGUUCGCGCCGUGUGUAUCAAAAGUAGUGUCAUUUUUGAUUAGAGUAACGUGUAAGAAGCCGUCAAAGAGCCGAGUCGUAACUCCUAACUAGAAACUGAUUACCUAUCCACGUUUCAGUGAGGGCGGCCUCUCCUCGUUCCAAUACUACUUUCAUCUGAUCGCAGUGCUACCGCACCGUGGCCGAAUACCCGAAAUGUCCAUGUUCUGGCCGAAAGCCUCCAAAACGGCCGUCUACUUGAACAACCGAUCUCUGGGAGUCGACAAGAUCUGGUUCGCCUCGUGGGCCUCGUUCGAUCGAUUCAUGUCGAAUGUGGAUCUCCUGCCGCCCAAGGACUUUGAAAGUUUGAUCGAAGUUCUCGGCCAUUAUUAUCAUGCGUGGCACAUCAAACGUAAUGCUCACUAUUUUCUUCAAAGUUUACAAUAUAAAAGUUGCGAUUGUAGAUCCGAGACUGAUUGAACUCGUGAAGAUUGCCGAAAGGUUUGGAUUCUACGAUUUCCCGCAAACGAUGCUUGCGAUCGGGGACUUCCAGGCGCACGCCGCUUCCAUGAGAUCGAUCCUAGUAGCAAAUAAAGAUCACCCACUUUUUGUAAGCCUCUCUACCUUCUCCAUAUCCAUAUCAUUUCGUUCAUCUUCUCAGAAAAUCGACACUAAACUAGAGGCGAAAGUGGCGUUCGAAGAGACGCACAAGCUCAAUUUCGAUUGGAUCUUCCACGAAUCGAGCCAGCGGCCGCCCGAGUACCGAAUGUUCAAAACGCGAAACCGCGCGACGUGGAGCAUGAGCGUCGUGCGCCGCACUUUCAAUAAAACCGAGUACCUCUGCGUCGCGUUCGUCCUCAACUACCGCUUUCAGCCGACCGAACACCAGCUGUGGAAGUUCGAGUUGGCGCCGUUCUGUCCGAACAGUCCGAAACAGGCGAGACUGCCGAACGUGACGCACAUGCGCGUCUUCAACAGCGUGCAGAAGAUGAUCGUGUUCCCGGUCUGCUAUCCGUGGUCCGACGUGGUCAAGGAGAUGGGCGAAGAGGGACCGUUCGAUUUCCACGUGAAACUCACUCUGACACCGCUGCCCGGAUGGGAUUUCGAGGAGGUGGCCGGAGGACACCCGGCCACCGGACACAACACCGCUUUUUUCGACUGCUACGACGGCGCUGUCGAGUUUAACAAAGAUGUAGGUGUUUGAGAGAUGUAAGACUUUUAACACAACAACUGUGCCCUAUUACAGUACCUACAAGAAACUUGUCUGUUUCUGAGAAACUGGGAGGAAAAUGAGUACAUUCAUUGCGCGGAUCGUGUAGACAUGCCGUUCCACAGCAAAGAUGAAGUGAUCCAUCUUCUGGAUCACCUGUAUCACGGCUGCAAACUCUACAAUGGUGAGUUUAAAACGUUUUCUAGGCACGAGAGUUUGACUCGAAAUAAUUUCAGAAGAUACGUUCGUUUACACGGCCGCUCUAACGAAAUAUAUCAAGUGUGGUGUGCUGAGCGAGGCACUCGAAAGAGGUCUGAUACGUACGAAGCCGAGCGAAAAUGUGCUCAGCUGCAGAUCGCUGCCGAAGAAUGAGUGCUCUCGGGUGAGAAUACUACGCUGUCCGAUUGAUGAUAACGUUUUGUUUUCAGUUUCACCGAAAAAUGAAGGACGUCCUCGGAAUCAUUCCGCUCGACGAGUACUUGGAGUCCUCCGCGGAGCCCCUCGCAAGAUAA